CUAGAGGGUGAGGCUCAGAAGCCUGGGGACAGUGGGACAGGCGAGAGGUGACUGGGUCCGGGCCCAUCCUGGCCCUUGGCCUGUGCCCUCCCUCCUUCCUUCCUUCGCAGACCAGGCCUGAGGGGAUGGGGCAGCGGAGCCAUGUGUACCACCCUGUUCCUGCUCAGCACCUUGGCUAUGCUCUGGCGCCGCCGAUUUGCCAACCGGGUCCAACCAGAGCCCAGCCAAGUGGAUGGAGCAGUUAUGGGCAGUAGCUUGGACACACAUCUCCAGUCCUCUUCCUUGGGCAGGGAAGAAGAGCCUUUGAAGUAAGCCCUGGGCUCUUCAGGAGGGGCUCACCUCCAGGACCUGGGAUUGGCUGGUGCAGCUCAAGUCCUGCUUCAACCCCUAGCCCGGGAGGACGUGGCAGGGCCGGGAUGGCAGCCGGAAGAAUGGGAGAAGCAGUCGCUGAGAAGGAAUGAAUGUACGGGAAGAUCACAAUGAACAGAUACUGUGUCAGGUGCUAAGUAUGGCUGCUCAAGAGGAACCUUCGCAAUGAUCUUCUGCUCUUCGGCCUCAGUUUCCCCCUUCCACCAGCUGCAUGGACGGGCGCUGAGAUGGAAGGGAACUCCGCGGGAAACGUUCGGUCUGGUGCAACGGAGCGGUGCAACAGAUUAUCUCCAGGGACCCAAGAGAUUUUCUACCAGCAAGGCAGACUAAAAUGGAUCAUGUCCGGAGGUGCUGACGAAGACCUGCCCAUGGGACCAGCACUUCUGGAGUGCCAGGACACAGAAAUGGAUUAAGGAGACCUUCUAGCAACCAGAAAACUGGGCACAAUGUAGGCAGAGUGACCCCGAGAGACAGAGAAGCAGGUCCCUGGCUGGGCUCAGAGGGAAGACAGCCAUGUGGGUGAGGACACACUGAUACUCGUGAUGAUAUUCACCCAGCUCACCAGAAUCCCCAAAUAGAAUAAAGAGAAAGAAAGGACCUUUCAAGGGGACCCAGAAAGCACUGACCAUAAAAGAAAACCCAUAGUGGGCAC